AUGCCUGACAUGGCAUUAGGGGAGGCCUACGCGGAAGGGCUGGUCACUCGGGAGGACAUAUUCCUGGUGUAUAAGGUGUGGCCCAAGAACUCCAACUUUAAGAGGACUCAGAAUGUCAUCAAAAACGCCUUAAAGGAGUUGAACACAACUUAUUUGGAUUUCGUGUCCAUUCAGUGGCCGCUCAAGAAUAAUACGGAUAUCUAUCGGGCGCUGGAAUGGGCCUACGAUGAGGGUAUGGCCCGUGCGAUAGGUGUGUCCAACUUCAAGCCGAGUGAGAUCCAGGAACUCAUAACUACGGCUAGGAUUAAGCCGUCGAUAAAUCACAUACGCAUACAUCCGGGCCUUAAUCAGGACGAGACAGUGGACUGGUGUCUGGGCAAUGGGAUAGCUGUGGGCGGUUGGUCUCCACUGGGCACCGGGUCGUUGGUGAAGGACCCGACACUUGUGGGUAUAGGCGAGAGGUAUAAUAAGAGUGCGGCUCAGGUGAUGAUCCGGUGGCAGAUCCAGAGGGGACUGAUAGUCAUACCUAAGAGUACUAAACUUCAGAGGAUUGUCGAGAACUUCAAUGUGUUUGACUUCGAGCUCCGGGAGGAGGAUAUGAAAGCUAUCCACGAUAUGCCACAGAUUACGCUCAUUGACUUCUGGGGAUAA